AACCGAUUCAUCCAAGACAUCGAGAUGAUGAUCGGGAAGAAAAGCUUCCUCUUCUGGCUGUGGUGGAGGGCCUGCUGGUUUUUCAUCACCCCUUGCCUCUUGCUGGCUAUCCUGAUUUGGUCCCUGAUCGAUUUUAAACCUCCCGAGUACGCCAAGGAAAAGUACCCGCUGUGGGGCACAGCCAUGGGCUGGUGCCUGAUCACUUUCUGUCUCAUUUGGAUCCCAGCGGUGGCCAUUUACAAGAUCAUCAAGGCCAAAGGCAACCUCUGGCAGAGAUUCGUCUCCUGCCUCAAGCCAAAACCCAACUGGGGGCCUGCUCUGGAGUGUCACCGGGGAGAGAGAUACAAGGAUAUGGUGGACCCGGUCAAGAAACAGGACAUCGAGAUCCCCACCGUGGACAGCUACGUCCACAAGGUGGAGUAAAGAGAGGGGUGGAGGUGCUGCUUCAGGCCAAGGGUCCCGCUUACACCCAGCGAAAUCCAGGGAGACCGUGGAAUGGAUGCCAAAGACUUUGGACCAUCUGCCAAAGAGCCACAGCUGUGGGGGGGCUCUGCUGCUAAGACAGGCCAGGCGGGGCAGCCUUCUAACUCAGGACCAUGCUCUAGAGGUAGGGGGUUGGGACCCCUGCCCCGCCAGGCCCUUUCUAUAAAGAGCCAGCAAAAUAAUCUCUCACCCCCAACCCCCACAAACCCCAAAGUCUCCUCUGGCAAGGCGGAGUGCCCUCCCUUGCAGGGGUGUGGUGAUGAAGAACACACUUCCGUGAUCCGGUGAGCAUCUCCGGAGCCAUCUCAGCGUCCGAUCCUUUGCACACUUUGUUGGAUGUGGGAAGCCUGUCCUGAUUCGCGGAGACUUACUUGUGUGUGUCAAUGGGACGAGGACUAUCGCACAACACUCCGGACGCGCAUCUACACAUAUUUGUUCUGACCCUCUCCUCUGUCCAGUAACGAAUGCCGAGACAAGCUUAACUGGAAUGUACUUUAUUAACAAGAAACCAAA